AUGCCUCAACACUACCUCAUGCCUCACCCCGCCGCAUAUGGCGCCUGGCAGAGCCCAAUGGUCACUGCCCGCCAGCGCCAGUAUGAACACCUCGCCUUUGCGAGUGCCCACACCAAGUACUACCGAGCCUCAAGCGACAGUGAACGUGCCGAUGCUGCCAGCUGGAUGACAGAGCAGGCGUGCGAAGUCCAUGCCGGAAGCCUGAUGGCCGGGCCCGACGACAUCGCCGUCCUUGUCGACAUUGCCAAUGCCAGCAAAAAGAAUGUCGAGGCCAUGGUCAAGGUCUUUGAGCGCAAGCUCAAGUACGACCACCCCACCGCCAGUGCCGCUAUUCACGUCAUUGCCGAAAUGCCCGACUCGAUCUUGAUCGAGCUGUUCGAUGCUCUGGUGGCAUGCCAGGAGAGCCUGAGCCACGCACCGGUCGUGGUUCAGCGCGUUGGCCCUAUUGUCAAGCGUGCCAGGAAGCUCAAGAAGGCCAAGGACGACGACGCUGGCAAGGCAACCCAGGCCCUCUACGACAACAUGUUUGGUAUGCUCGGCGGCUACGGCGCACCCGCCAGCUUUGGCCUUGGCUCGUACACCGUCCCGGCCAUGCUCCAGAUCCACGCCGGUGGCGGCGGCGGCUACCCAAGUAACGCUUGGGCUCUUCAGGCCCCUCCAGGAUGGCAGUCCACGACGUAUGUUGGCCUCCCAGAGACUGGCUCUGCCACGAUCUGGAAGGCUAUUCGUGAGACGGACCCCAAGAGGGAACCAUUCGCCACCUACCACCCUGCCGUGACCCUUGGUCUCUUCUAA